AUGGGCAAAAAGCGCGUUUUGGUCGGCUACGGCGUCGACAUUGACGCCGUCUCUGGCUGGCUAGGUUCCUACGGCGGCGAAGACAGCGUCAAUGACAUCAGUCGCGGGCUCUGGGCUGGCCACAUUGGCACAACCCGUCUUCUCAAGCUUUUCGAAAAAUAUAAGAUCAAAACUACCUGGUUCAUUCCCGGCCACAGUCUCGAAACCUUCCCCGAAGAAUGCGCCCAGGUCCGAGACGCGGGGCACGAGAUCGGACUCCAUGGAUACACGCAUGAGAAUCCAAGCCGUAUGAGUCCGGAGCAACAGCGCGAUAUCCUUGAUAAGACCUACAAGCUGCUCAGUGAUUUCUGCGGCAAGCCCCCGCGUGGAAUCGUCGCGCCAUGGUGGGAAGCAUCUGCGGAGAUGGUUGAUCAAUUACUGGACUAUGGCAUUGAGUACGACCACUCCAUGUCGCAUGAGGAUUGUCAAAUGUACUGGCUGAGAACUGGGGAUUCAUGGACCAAAAUUGACUACAGCAAGAAAGCGGAGACCUGGAUGAAGCCUCUCGUACGAGGGGAGACCACCGGGUUGGUGGAGAUUCCGGGCAAUUGGUAUCUGGACGACUUGCCGCCCAUGAUGUUUAUCAAAAACUCAGCGAACAGCCAUGGAUGGGUUAAUCCGAGAGAUGUUGAGGAUAUUUGGAAGGACCAUUUCGACUAUUUCUAUCGGGAAUACGACGAGUUCGUUUUCCCGAUGACAAUUCAUCCGGAUGUAUCUGGCCGUCCUCAUGUUUUGCUAAUGCACGAGAGGAUCAUUGAAUAUAUCAACAAGCACGAGGGGGUGGAAUGGGUGACCUUCGAGCAGAUGUGCGAUGAGUUUAAGAAGAAGAACCAGCCGCCUGCAGGAGCUCGAAUGCCCGCUGUGCCUAGCAGCUCUAAAAAUUGA